GGUGCAUUUGUUUAAAAUUGUUGUAAAUUGUGUAACUUGUGGAAAGAGCGUUAUUUUGUGCCAUUUCCGGUGUUUUUUGUGAAUUAGCGCGGGAAAAUUCGUAUCUGGGCCCCCCAUUUCUUGCGCCCUCGUCGCAUACGCAUCCGCGCAGUCGAUUGCAGAAACCGGUGUUCGUCGUCGAGUGUUGUACCCACCAUCGCUAUUUCAAUGCAAAGAAAAUGCCUCCAUUUUGUUUAUUUUUCUCAUUGAAAAGCUCAAUUAGCGUUUCCAAAUAAAAUCGAGUGAGUGUUUCAAGUGUGAAAAGUCCGUCACGUGUCACAACUCUCUAUAUAUGUGUGUUGUGUGCAGCCCUCUCUCAGAGGGUACAAAAACCAGCAAGAAUUGGUCGCGUCACGAGUAAGCACUUUGUCAAAUUGACUACGGUCUCUGGCACUAAAAAUAAUACCCAGAAUAACCACGGUGGUAACUGUUGCGUUGCACAGUCGGACAAAGACCUUUUGAAUAGCAACAAAAAGAACAAAGGUGUGUUCGGGUUCGCGAAAGACAGAGGGGCUGUCAAGACGCCAGCGCUCAAUAUGAACCACGUUACGGGCCAGUACAGACGCAACGACGACACUUCCGCCGAAGUGGAGGAGAUGGAAACACAGGAAGUCACCACCACCGAUUCUACGGACACUGGGGGCGGUGAAAUGGACCAACAGAACGGCGAAGUCAUCAUCGGGCCACAGCCCGACCCUGGAAUGACAGUUCAAGACGCAGACAUGGAAGAGGACGAAUCGCGUUCAGAAGCCACCUUUCGCUACACUGUCCAACAGUUUAGCAAACUGAAAGACUCUGCCCUGUCUCCGGCAUGUUACGUACGUAACCUCCCUUGGAAAAUCAUGGUUAUGCCCCGGAACAGUCAUGGACAGGAUCGGACUGCACAGCGCUCUUUGGGCUUUUUCCUUCAGUGUAACGGCGAAAGCGAGUCCUCUUCGUGGUCUUGCUAUGCCGUUGCUGAGCUGAGACUACUCUCAGUUCGACCAGAUGUUGAGCCUUUCUCGCGAAAAAUUCAACAUUUGUUCUAUUCGAAGGAAAAUGAUUGGGGAUUUUCACAUUUUAUGGCGUGGAAUGAGGUCUUAGACCCGGAGAAAGGCUAUAUUAAAGAUGACGCGAUUACUUUGGAAGUACAUGUGGUGGCUGAUGCCCCACAUGGAGUCUCAUGGGACAGUAAAAAACAUACAGGUUACGUGGGUUUAAAAAAUCAAGGAGCGACCUGUUACAUGAACUCACUUCUUCAAACUUUAUAUUUUACAAAUCAGUUACGAAAAGCCGUUUAUAAAAUGCCAACCGAAUCAGAUGAUUCGACUAAAUCUGUAGCACUUGCUCUACAGCGAGUCUUUCACGAACUACAAUUCUGCGAUAAACCAGUAGGUACGAAGAAAUUGACGAAAAGUUUCGGUUGGGAAACGUUAGAUUCAUUUAUGCAACAUGAUGUGCAGGAAUUUCUCAGGGUACUUUUAGAUAAACUUGAAAGUAAGAUGAAGGGAACUUGUGUGGAGGGCACCGUUCCGAAACUUUUCGAAGGUAAAAUGAUUUCGUACAUUCGGUGUAAGAACGUGGAUUAUUCGAGCACACGUUCGGAGACGUUCUAUGAUAUUCAGUUGAAUAUUAAGGGGAAGAAAAAUAUCGAUGAGUCGUUUAAGGAUUACAUCGCAAAGGAGACUCUAGAUGGCGAUAAUAAAUACGACGCAGGUGAACAUGGGUUGCAAGAUGCUGAAAAAGGGGUGAUUUUUUCGGCUUUUCCUCCUGUUUUGCACUUGCAUUUGAUGCGGUUUCAAUACGAUCCCGUCACUGACUGUUCCGUUAAAUUCAAUGAUCGUUUUGAAUUUUACGAAAAGAUUUCGUUAGAUGCUUAUUUGCAAGAACCGGAUCCUAACAAUCCGGCCAACUAUACUCUACAUGCAGUUCUAGUACAUUCAGGCGACAAUCACGGUGGUCAUUAUGUUGUUUUUAUAAAUCCUAGAGGUGAUGGCAAGUGGUGUAAAUUUGACGAUGAUGUUGUCUCCAAGUGUACGAAACAAGAAGCAAUCGAACAUAACUACGGCGGACAUGAUGAGGAUAUGAACAUGACAGUGAAACAUUGUACAAAUGCGUACAUGUUGGUAUACAUCAGAGAUUCAGAGUUGCAUAACGUAUUACAAGAAGUAACCGAUGCUGAUAUACCAAGUGAAUUAGCUGAUCGUUUGGCUGAAGAAAAACGAAUGGAACAAGUGAGACGAAAAGAACGCAACGAAGCCCAUCUCUAUAUGACUAUCAAUGUUUUGCUUGAAGAUAGUUUUGAUGGACAUCAGGGUAAUGAUUUAUACGAUCCUGAUCGUCCCCUAUUUCGUGUUUUUAAAAUCAAAAAGAUGGCACUAGUGAGCGAAAUGAUGGAUAUGUUCGCCGAUGCGUUUAAAUAUCCAACUGAACAAAUAAGACCAUGGCCAUUUAGUCAACGAUCAAAUCAGACAAUGAGGCCUUGUAUGUUAGAUCUAGACACUGAGUCGCAUAAAGCUAUUAUAGAUUCAGCUGAAAACCAGAAUCCUUGGACUAUAUUUCUCGAGUUGUUGCCACCUGAUUCGGGCUUAACUGCGUUACCAAAUUUUGACAAAGAGACCGAUGUUUUGUUGUUUUUCAAAAUGUAUGAUCCGAAACAGAAGAAAAUACAUUAUUGUGGACAUAGUUACUUACCGGUUACUAGUAAAUUAGGAGAUUUGAUACCGAUGUUGAAUGAGAGGGCAGGGUUUCCGCCGGAUACGGAGUUGGUCUUGUAUGAGGAGAUUAGGCCUAAUAUGAUUGAGAAAAUUACUAAUUAUAGUGAUCCGUUGGAAAAGGUUUUGGACGAGUUGAUGGAUGGCGAUAUAAUCCUGUUCGAGAAAGAAGAACGUGAGGAGUUUUCUGACUUGCCAACCUGUAUCGACUACUUCAAAGACCUAUAUUAUCGUGUCGAGGUAACAUUUGUCGACAAAUGUACACCGAACGAUCCCGGUUUUACAAUGGAAUUAUCUCAAAGAAUGACUUAUGAUCAGUUGGCACGUGCUGUAGCUCAGAGGGUCGGUACCGAUCCUUACUUAUUACAAUUUUUUAAAUGUCAAAAUUCCGUAUCUUCCAGUUACAAAGAUAGUCCUGGACAUCCUUUAAGGUGCACUUUUGAGGGCACCUUGAAAGAUCUCUUAGUUUUCUCCAAGCCAAAGGCGCCUAAGAAAAUCUUUUAUCAACAGUUGAGUAUUCGUGUUAACGAAUUAGAAAAUAAAAAACAAUUUAAAUGUCUUUAUGUGGGACCGAAUGUGUUUGAAGAGAAGGAGUUAAUUUUGUAUCCGAAUAAGAGAGGGACGGUAAGUGAUUUGUUGGAAGAGGCGAAGAAACAAAUCGAGUUUGGUGAAGGAAGUACAGGGAAAUUAAGGUUUACCGAAGUUAGUUGUAAUAAAGUAGCACUGGGUCCCAAAGAAGAUACGCCGCUAGAUCAUUUGGUAAUAAAUGCAGCAAAGGUUUAUAGAAUUGAACAAGUGCCAAGAGAUGAGUUGCACAUAAACGAGGACGAAAUGCUUAUUUCUUGUGCGCAUUUUCAAAAGGAAGUUUUUUCGACUUUUGGCUCCCCUUUCUUAUUUAAAAUUAAACAAGGGGAGCCUUUUACCAAGGUCAAAGAACGUAUUCAAAAGCGACUUGGUGUUCCUGAUAAGGAAUUCGAAAAGUACAAGUUUUCUAUCGUUGCUAUGGGCCGACAACAGGUCCUUCAAGACGACGAAUAUGUAGUUAAUUUAGCCGAUUUUAGACCACUUCCGAAUCAAGCUGGGAGUCCCAAACCAUGGUUGGGCCUGGAUCAUAUGAACAAGGCCCCGAAAAGAUCACGUUUUAAUUAUUUAGAAAAAGCCAUCAAAAUUUACAAUUGAGAGACUGAGUGAGGAAGCUUAUUUUCACAACCUUGCACUUUUCGGCUCUGCAGUAUUGCCAAUUGAUCGUGAUUUCCCUAAAGAAUCGAUAAAUGUAAGGUGCGGCUGCUUUGUCAUUUGGUGCUUUGUGUGAGCACAAGUCUUCUGCUGUGUGACACCAUUUUGUAUAUAAAAUAUAUAUUUGUUCUGUCUGUCUAUUUAGAAUAUAUUCGCGCUAAAUGCUGAAUGCUAGCUGUUUAUUUACUUCGGUUUCGAGUUAUUUUCUUUGAAUUAAUUGAAUUAACUGUUUGUAGAUUUUUCCGGUAAUGAGACGGUUUGAAUCAUGUUGAAAAUAAUUAUUAUUUGAACUAAAUCAUUAAGGGAGCUGCGAUUUUUUUACAUUAAAUUUAUAAAUUGUGAUGUUGGUUGUGUAACAUUUUGUUUUUAAUAAGCAUGAAAUAUAUGCAACUGAUUUUUCACUGCGUUCUACUAUGUUUCUCAAGCUGUAAAAAUUAUAUACUUUAUUGUUAUUUGAAACUUUAUGUAAACACAUUUUAUAAUAGAAUAAAGAACUAAAGUAUUAAAAAAA